GUGCAAAUCGCUGCGACCGAAUGAUGAAUGUGAGAAUAAAAUAUAUAAAAAAAGAACUCAACGAAGCAGAAAGAAAAUUCGCAAAAAAAUGCCAAAGAGGAAACGGGCAGAAGAGGAGGGUUUUGACAAGAGCUUUGAGCGCUUCAACAAAGAGCUCUUCCGGGCGCUUAAAGUAGCCAAGGGCUUUGAGAGGCAGCGGCUGGCAAAACGAGUUAAGGAUGUGAAGCUGCCCCAGGACAAGAUUCAGCGGCUGGAACAGGAGGUUGAGGUGCUCAAGGCUUUGGAUCUUCACCAGGCUGCACAAGCCCAUCUUUGUUCGGCUUUGUUAAAAGUCAAGGCGGCAGCUCAAUCACCGCUGCUUCCGGAAGCCAUCAAAAACGGCGUGCCGAAGCCGGAAAUCUCAGAUGAGGAACGCCACGCACUGCACAACGUGACCAGCGCCCUUUACAAGCGCAAUCAGGUCCGUGCCGUCGUAUCGGCUGCUAUUCCUGCCCUAUGCCAGAGCCUGGGGGUGUCACCGCCUGGUGAUAAAUCCAAGGCAAAGGGCGAGUCAAAUUCAUCAAAGAAGGACUUUAAGGGCGAUGCCAAGCCCAAGGAAGAAACACGAAAACGCCGGGCAGCGCAAUCCUCUGAGGAACAGGAAGACUCGUCUUCGGAUGAAGAUGGCUAUGAAUCAGGAGAAGAAGAGCUGGACGACGAGACCAUCGAUCGAAUGGAGGCGAUGCUUGGCGGCAGCUCCUCAGAGGAAGAAAUAGCCUCAGACGACGAGGGUCUCGCUCGCUUGAAACAACUAGCUCAGCGCAGCAGCUUUGACGACGAUAUAUCACUUCCUGGAAGCGGCUCCGCUCUCGAAGAGGAGUACCCCGAAGAUGACGAAGUCACAAUCCCAUCCUCGUCUAGCUCAGAGUCCGAUGCAGCACCACCGCCACCCAAAAAGGCAAAGAAUGAAAAGAAGGCAAAGCCAAUCAAGGAUGACGAGAUAGUAGAGUCGGUAGCAUUACCAACCCUGAUGGGUGGCUACAUAUCCGGAUCGGAGGAAGCAUCAGAUGUGGAUGUGGCACCAGCACCUCGAAAGAACCGCAGAGGUCAGAAGGCGCGUCAAGCACUCGCAGAGAAGAAGUACGGGGACAAAGCCAAACACCUCGGCAAGCAAAAGGAGGCUGGGUGGGAUUCGAAGAGGGGCGCGGUGGACGCGGGCGACGGCAAGCCGUGGAAAAGAGGUGUACGAAAUCCGCUGCAGCAGAAAAAGGAUGGAGAGGGCAGUAGGGGUCCUAAGCAGGAGGAGACCAAAAAGCCUGAGAAGAAGACCCGGGACGACGAUGGUCCUCUGCAUCCCAGUUGGCUUGCCAAGAAGAAGGCCAAGCAGGCGCAAGAGAAUGCGUCUUUCCAAGGAAAGAAGAUUACAUUUGAUUAGUCGACGUUACAGCCACAAACCAUGAUAACAUUUAAUGCAUUGUACUUGGCUGGUGAGGUCAAUUAAGUAUACAAAAACCAAUUUGUUUUGCUUUCUUCUUGCUUUGUUUGCCACUUCCUAAUAGGUACCCAAAAUCCAAGUGACAUACCCUACCUUAACCGCGUCUCUAUCUCGCAAGGCAUCAGCGGAGCAGGAGUGGCAUGGUCAGUUGGUAGUGAAGUUAAAAACUCACACCUUCCGAAUAAUUCAUUUAACGUGCUUG